AUGUCUAUUCUCUCGCUCGUGGAGGAUAGGCCAACUCCCAAAGAGGUCUACAAUUGGAAGAUUUACCUUCUAGCGGUGGUUGCCUCCUGCACGUCGUGUAUGAUCGGCUAUGACAGUGCAUUCAUCGGCACCACCAUCUCUCUGCAGUCCUUCAAAGAUGAGUUCCACUGGGACUCCAUGUCGCAGGCGACCCAGAACCUCGUGAGCGCCAAUAUUGUCUCUCUGUACCAGGCGGGAGCCUUCUUCGGCGCCUUCCUGGCCUAUCCGAUCGGCCAUUUCCGGGGUCGAAAGUGGGGGUUGAUGUUCGCGGCGCUGAUCUUCACGCUGGGGGCGGGUCUGAUGUUGGGUGCCAAUGGCGACCGUGGUCUCGGAUUGAUCUAUGGAGGUCGGGUGCUGGCCGGUCUGGGGGUGGGCGCAGGCUCUAACAUCACCCCCAUCUACAUCUCCGAGCUGUCUCCCCCGGCUAUUCGAGGGCGACUGGUCGGUGUUUACGAAUUGGGAUGGCAGAUUGGGGGGUUGGUGGGGUUUUGGAUCUGCUAUGGAGUCGAUGAGACGUUGCCCCGGAGCCACCGGCAGUGGAUCAUCCCCUUUGCAGUGCAGCUGAUUCCUUCGGGGCUGCUGCUUAUCGGGGCCGUUUUCAUCAAGGAAUCUCCGCGCUGGCUGUUUCUCCGCGGGCGACGAGAAGAGGCAAUCCGGAAUCUAUCCUGGGUGCGUCAACUCCCGGCAGAUCAUAUCUACAUGAUUGAGGAGAUCGGGGCCAUCGACCAGUCUCUGGAGCAACAGAAGGCCACCAUUGGUUUCGGGUUCCGGAAGCCAUUUGUGGCGGCCUGGACGAACAAGAGGAUCCUGUACCGCCUAUUUCUGGGGAGUAUGCUGUUCCUCUGGCAGAAUGGGUCGGGGAUCAAUGCCAUCAACUACUACAGCCCGACGGUGUUCAAAAGCAUCGGGCUGCGAGGGGCCAACACCAGCCUGCUUACCACGGGGAUUUUCGGCGUAGUCAAGACGGUAGUGACGUUUGUGUGGCUGCUUUGGUUGAUCGACCACGUCGGCCGUCGGCUGUUGCUGCUGGUCGGCGCGGCGGGGGGGUCUGUCUGUUUGUGGAUUGUGGGGGCUUAUAUUAAAAUUACGAAACCCUCGCAGCGCGAGAACUCGCAGAUAGAUGGCGGCGGCAUCAUGGCCAUGUUCUUCUUCUAUCUGUGGACUGUGUUUUACACGCCAUCGUGGAACGGCACGCCGUGGGUGAUCAAUUCGGAAAUGUUCGACCCGAAUGUCCGCUCCCUGGCGCAGGCGUGUGCCGCCGGAUCGAAUUGGCUGUGGAACUUCCUUAUCUCUCGGUUUACUCCGCAGAUGUUUGCAAAGAUGGAUUACGGGGUGUAUUUCUUCUUCGCGUCGUUGAUGCUGCUGUCCAUUGUGUUCGUGUUCUUCCUGAUCCCAGAGACCAAGGGGAUUCCCCUGGAGCAUAUGGAUGGACUGUUUGAAACGAAACCCGUCUGGCAUGCGCAUGGGGCAGUACUUGCGCGACUGCGUGAAGAUGAGGAGCGAUUCCGUCGGGAUAUUGAGGGAUUGAAGACUGAGACGGAAGUGGAGGAGGUCGAUAAAGUGUAG